UACGUAUAUUGUGAAAUAUCUGCCACUGUAUACGCUUCGUGAUACGAUUUUCGAACAUUGCUAUUUCAUAUAAAAAGCGAUAUGGGAGAACUAACAAGAGAGGAUAGUAUUGUUUACGCAAAGAUGGCCGAGCAGGCUGAAAGGUACGAAGAUAUGGUCGAGUUUAUGGAGAAGGUUGUGCGAUCGGGAGAAGCGCUCUCGUCAGAUGAGCGUAACUUGUUGUCGGUUGCCUACAAGAAUGUCGUUGGAGCUCGCCGAUCUUCUUAUCGAGUUGUGUCCAACCAGUUAUCGCAGUUAGAUGGCCAAGGUAAAGAAGAAGUUGCAGAGAUCACAAAAGAAUUCCAAGAUAAAAUCAAGCAGGAACUGGAGGUACGCUGUCGCGAUGUGCUGAAGCUUUUGGAUGAAUAUUUGAUUAAAAUGGAGGCGGAAAGCACAGAAAACGAGUCGGCUAUUGAACAGAAUGUGUUCUACCUCAAAAUGAAAGGGGAUUACUAUCGCUAUUUAGUGGAAGUUGCUGACGAUGAUGGCAAAGAGGAGGUUAUCGAUAAUUCAAGGAAAGCAUAUGAUGAUGCCAGCAAGAAGGCUGAGAAUCUGCCUUCGACAAACCCGAUUCGCUUAGGUUUGGCGCUCAAUUUUUCAGUAUUCUACUACGAGAUUCGCGAAAAUUCCACCAAGGCGUGCGAGUUGGCAAAGGGUGCGUUCGACUCAGCAAUCUCCGAAUUAGAUAACCUCAAGGAAGAAUCAUACAAGGAUAGCACGUUAAUUAUGCAACUGCUACGGGAUAAUCUCACGUUAUGGACCAACGAAAACUCUAAUGCUGGCGAAGGCGAUGAUGCUAAUAACUGAAUAAUUUUGUAAGCUUCUAUUUAAUGUUUAGAACUUUUUUGUAUACAUCAAGUACUUAUUAAGAUGUAUAGUUAUGCGUGAUUUUAUAUUUUGAAACAAGCUACAUCACUCUACUGUCAACAUAUAUUAUAUAAGACUAUUACCAAAUUAUGAAACGAACUGGCCUCGGCAUGUUUCUCAUAUUGUUUCUCAAUCAUUCCUGUUAUGUGAUAAACAUUUGUUUCUAUCAUAUAAACCUGUGGAUAUUAGUGUUUAGUACAUCUUCCUAAAUUAGAAUCAAGCAGUUCAAACAAUUUGUCAAGAACCUAUUAAGCUAAGGCUAAGUUCACUUGCCUUGUGGUAAUGUGUCAAGGAAGAUAUAGUUAAAAACUUUUUACCUGUGUACUCUAAACAGUGCACAGAUUCUAUCUAUGUUUAUUGUAGUUUAAAAAAAUCAACUUGUAUGCUCUUGUAUUCAAGUGCUACAUGCUAAGUGCUUCAUAUUAGCAACAAACAUAUGUAAUGCAGUUUGACAUCUUCCCCAAGCUUAUUAAUUAAUGAAAGUGUGAAAGUAUAAUAACAAGGUUGGUAUUCUAAUGGUACUCUAAUGAGAGUGAGUUACUAAGUCAGUACAAUACCAACCCCAAGAGACACUGCGAUAGUCUUGGUGAGCCCAAGACACAAGUAACAUUCCACAUGAUUUAACAUAGCUUUGCGAAUUUGUAAGCCAGGGUGAAAUGUUAUUGUUAUUCAGCAAGGUUAUUAAAUGAAGUUUGGUAACUGGAGCUAUAAAAUUAUAAUUUUAAGUAGAAUGUUCAAUGCAAAAAUAAAACAUCACAAUGAGUUAAACAGUC